AUGGACGACAUUCCUCUCCAGGGCAAGGCCACGAGGAGCACAAUCUCGACGGUCGCGCAGACCCCAAAGACCCGCCCAUGGUCCUUCCGCAAGACGUACCGCGACUCUGCCACCGACGAGCGCAUCUACCUCUGUGUCGCCCUCACCGAGGCUGUGACUGUGACUGUACUCGCAUUGGCCGCCUUCAUUGUCAUGGUCACACGCAUGCCACCAUCCAACAAGCAGACGAUUGGAGUGUCAGUAUACAUGGCCAUAUUUGUAUUGGGCCGCAUCUUCUCCCUCGCGUACUCGCUCGACGCGAUCCGUUCCCGAAACAUCAUCCAGCUCGUACAUCACAUCUUCUUCCAAGUGUGCAUGUUCGUUUAUGCUGUCGCGGAGAUCCCCCAGACUCGCUCCGCCCUCAAGAACCUCAACGACCCCGGAGGCUGUCUCAUUCGGAACGGCGACUUUGACUGCUUGGGGCGCGGCUCGUUGUACUACCUUCUGCUAAACAUCUUAAUCUGGCCGAUCAUCAUCACGGCCGUCGCCACGGCAGCCUACAUCGUGCUCGUGCGGCGACUUACCCUUCGGUUCGGGUGGGAAGAGUGCAGGAUCGUCAACGCCAACUAUGAGCUGAGGCGAAUGUACCGCACAUACUCGUGCAUGGUGUCGCUGCUCAAGCUCCUGAUGUUCUUCGCCAGCGCGUUCUGCAUGGCCUACAUCGUCCUCAUCACUGUACUGUGGAAGAACAAGGUCGAUAUUAUCAUCACUAUCGUCGCACUCCCGAUCUUCUAUCCCACCAUUCUCGCCACUGGAUGGGCCCUGCUCUCCGAGGAUUUCGCCCUCAUGAUCAUCUGUCUCGUGCUCCUGCUGGUGGGAGAGGCGUAUCUCGUAUACAAAAUGGCCUCCCUGUGGGUGCCACGUACCGCCAAGCUGUACACCAGUACUCGCGCCACGCUUGCAGUGUUAUCCGCGUUUGCCAUCGUCCUGCUUCUGGCCGUCAUCGUCAACGGCAUCGCUUGCCUGUUCAACUUUGGCAAGGGCCUCCUCCCUGCACACCAGGAGCGGCGGCGGCGGUCAGCGAGGUACUUGAACCCCCUGGCCGGGCAGGAGCGCGAGUUGGAGACUCGCCUUGUUAUCGAGUAG